AAAUGAAUUCAUACUCGAAGUUAGUCUACACAGCAACACACUUGGGUUGAAGGGGAUGCAAUUACUCCGCCAGCACUUCACCGCCGCACCCAACCGAGUACGCUCCCUCAAUUUAGGGAACUGCAUGCUGGGCGACGAAGGCGCGCCCGAAGCGGCGGCACUCAUCACGGCAAAUCUUCCGGCGCUAGAGCGACUGAACUUGGCGAGCAACGGCUUUUCCGAUGACGGUGGUGUAAUCAUCGUCAAGGCGCUUUUAAAGAACACAUUUCUCGUUAUGGUGAGCUGCGCUGAUAACACAUUCGGUACAAAAACGGUGGAUGCGACUGCCGAACUCAUUGGCACCGCGAAGGUUUUGAAGCUGCUUGACUUCACCAACUCGAUUGAGUCCGUCGAGAUGCGAAGAACCCUCGCCUUUGCCGCCAGUGACGCCGAUGGCAUUCGCGUCGAGGUGGGAGAGGUGCAGGAGGAGACCCUCGAUGACAGGCUGCAGCACGUUGCCGAGUACAUGCAAAUGAUCCUGGACGCCGAGGCAGAGAGGGCGAAGAGCAGGAAGUCCAAGAAGAAGCCAAAGAAGGAAUGA